GUGCCUGCCCACGCCUGCAGUCGGCGGGGCCAGGAGAAACCUGACGCAAGACUGCGUGCCCGUCAUCGCCAUCGGGCACCCUGGCUGGCCAGUGGGCAUGGCCUUCUCCGCGCACGAGCACCCCGAGCCGCGCCUCUGCGUGCACGUGGUGGACGUGAACGAGUACCUGGACCAGGUCGGCCUCGGGAGCCUCGAGGACCUGGCGCGCGCACGCGCCGCGGGCCUGUGGCUGGCGGACCACGCGGGGCGCCCAGCCGCCGCGGCGCUGCCGCUCCUACCGCCGGAGCACGAGCAGGCCAUGAGCUUCCGAGAGGGCUCGGACCAGCUGGCCGUGACUUUCACCUUCCCAGUCGACCCGCAGACGCGCAAGACCGGCCUCCAGAGCGCCUGGCACGAGGACCGGGGGUGCCUUGCGCCCGAGGGGUGCUGA